GACAAUGUUUGCGCUGGUUAGAAACGCUGCAAGGGUACUCAACAAGACGAUGCUUCUGGAUUACACUAACCCCGACGAGGUUCCUGUCCCGGAGUGCUACGCGAAUCAGAGCACCUCCCUCAACCCAUGCGGAAAAUGCACCAAGCCAGCAACUGCGUUGGACACUGCGACCGGACAGACCAGCGACACUGUUGUCUACUCCUUCCGCCACAAUGCUGACGGUUGGUUGUGCGAUGCGAACAACUGAAGGUGGAGGGCGCCCAUGAAGAAGAUUCAAAGAACCUCUCUGUCCUCUCUGUCCUUUCGGUCUGGCCGAUGAAAGCCUCGAGGCUCAUUUUCGGCGUAGCUUUAUCCAGGAUACGAACCUGUGAGUUGAUGAUUACAUACCUUUACCCUUUC